AUGGAAGAUAAAUCCAAUUCGUUCUCCAGCAACAAAGAGGAAAAAGCGGAUGGGAAUAACGUGUUUCAAAGGCAAGACUCCAUACUGAAGAACAACAUGGGAAGCCAGAACAUGAAAGACCACGGCAACUCCGUGGGCAUAAAGGGAGAAAGAGAAGAAACCAUGGUCGGUUUUGACGACAUAGACGCGGCAUCCAGGCAAUACAGUUUCAUGCAACGACAGUUUGGAACCAUGAUGCAGCCGGGGGUGAAUAAGUUCUCCCUGCGGAUGUUCGGCAGUCAGAAAGCCGUGGAGAAAGAGCAGGAGAGGGUUCAGUCGGCUGGAUACUGGAUCAUUCAUCCCUAUAGCGAUUUUAGGUUCUAUUGGGACUUAGUAAUGCUCGUCAUGAUGAUGGGCAACCUAAUCAUCAUUCCUGUUGGAAUAACCUUCUUUUCCGAGGAGACCUCCACCACCUGGCUCAUCUUCAACGUGGCCUCGGACACCAUAUUCAUGGUGGACCUGGUCAUGAACUUUCGCACGGGCAUCGUCAACGAGGAGAGCUCGGAGAUCAUCCUGGACCCCAAGGUCAUCAAGAUGAACUACCUGAAGAGCUGGUUCGUGGUGGACUUCCUCUCCUCGAUCCCCGUGGAUUAUAUCUUUCUAAUAGUGGAGAAGGGCUUUGACUCCGAGGUCUACAAGACUGCCCGGGCGCUGCGCAUCGUGCGCUUUACCAAAAUCCUCAGUCUCCUGCGCCUCUUGAGGCUGUCGCGCCUCAUACGAUACAUUCACCAGUGGGAGGAGAUCUUCCAUAUGACCUAUGACCUGGCCAGUGCUGUAGUGCGGAUUUUUAAUCUGAUCGGGAUGAUGCUGCUGCUGUGUCAUUGGGACGGCUGCCUCCAGUUCCUGGUCCCCCUCCUGCAGGAGUUCCCCCCAGACUGCUGGGUGUCCUUAAACGGCAUGGUGAACGACUCCUGGGGUAAGCAGUACUCCUAUGCCCUGUUCAAAGCCAUGAGCCACAUGCUGUGCAUCGGGUACGGUGCCCGCGCGCCCGUCAGCAUGUCCGAUCUGUGGAUCACCAUGCUCAGCAUGAUCGUGGGCGCCACCUGCUACGCCAUGUUCGUGGGCCACGCCACCGCCCUCAUCCAGUCGCUGGAUUCCUCGCGGCGGCAGUACCAAGAGAAGUAUAAGCAAGUGGAGCAGUACAUGUCCUUCCAUAAGCUUCCUGCAGACAUGCGGCAGAAGAUACAUGAUUAUUACGAGCAUCGCUACCAGGGCAAGAUCUUUGACGAGGACAACAUCCUCAACGAACUCAACGACCCUCUGAAGGAGGAAAUCGUGAACUUCAACUGCCGUAAGCUGGUGGCCACCAUGCCUCUGUUCGCCAACGCGGACCCCAACUUCGUGACGGGCAUGCUGAGCAAGCUGAAGUUCGAGGUGUUCCAGCCCAACGACUACAUCAUCCGCGAGGGCACGGUGGGCAAGAAGAUGUACUUCAUCCAACAUGGCGUUGCCAGCGUCAUCACCAAGGUCAACAAGGAGAUGAAGCUGACCGAUGGCUCCUACUUUGGAGAGAUCUGUCUGCUGACGAAGGGCAGGCGCACGGCCAGCGUGCGGGCGGACACCUACUGCCGCCUGUUCUCGCUGUCGGUUGACCACUUCAACGAGGUGCUGGAGGAGUACCCGAUGAUGCGCCGCGCCUUUGAGACCGUGGCCAUUGACCGCUUAGACCGCAUCGGGAAGAAGAACUCGCUGCUGCUUCAGAAGUUCCAGAAGGACCUGAACGCCGGCGUGUUCAACACGCAGGAGAACGAGUUGUUGAAGCAGAUUAUCCGUCAGGAUCGCGAGAUGGUGAUGAUGGUGGACCGCAAGCAGUCGGCCGCGGGCCUGAACUCAACACCGAUGUCUGGAAACUCCAUCAUUAACUCGCCGGCCCAGCCGCCCUUCGCCACCUUACAGCACGCUACCGCCUCCAUGCCCUACAGCGCCUCGGCAACCAUCACGGCCCCCACCGCGCGCCUCAUGGCUGCCUCCAUACAAGGCAUCUUCCCCGCGCCCAGCGUCUCCAUCGGCAACCUGAACUCGGCCACGCCCAACCCGCAGCUGCCCCUGCAGCAGCAGCAUCAGGCCGCCGCUGCGCUCAUGUCGCCAUGCUCCUUCACGGCGGCCAUUUGCAGCCCUCCCGUGCAGACCCCGCUGGCCGGCCGAACCUUCCAGUACGGCUCGCCCACCGCCUCCCAGCUCUCCCUCACCCAGCAGCCCAUCCCCCUCCAGCAGCAGCAGCAGCUUCCUGCCCAGCCAUCGCCCUCCACGUCAGCGCAACAGCAGCCCGCACCUUCUUCUUCCCAGCCCCAGCCCCUGUCUCAGUCCCAGCAGCCACCACAGCCAUCAUCAUCGUCAGCAUCAUCGCAGCAGCCACAGGUGCCCUCCCCUCAGCGCAGUGACGUCCACAAGAGCACUCAGGCCCUGCAGUCGGGCAGCCUGAGCCGAGACGUGCGCCACCUGUCCGCCUCGCAGCCCUCGCUGCCGCACGACGCCGCCGCCGUGCUGGUGACGCGGUCCCUGCCCCCCGCCGCCGCCGGCGAGUCCCUGGCAGCGCUGCCGCCUCAGGUGGGCCCGGCCGCAGGGUCUCAGGCUCCGGGAGCGGUCCUGCCGGGGGGUAUCCGUGGCACCGUGCCCCAGCGGGUCAGCCUGUUCCGCCAGAUGUCGUCAGGAGCGCUGCCGCCCGCGCGCUCGGUAGUAGCAGUAGCAGCGGUAGCUGUGCCCCCCUCCUCCUCCUCCUCCUCGUCCACCUCCGCGGCCGCUGCUGCCGCCCCCUCUGCCAGCACAGCUGCUGCCCAGCACAGGGAUUCCAUAGGCUCCAGGAGAGAAUCGGCAGUCUUAAGCAGCAGUGGCAGCGGGAGCACAGCAGAGACAGCGACGCAAGAGCAAGACAAGAUGAGGUUUACGUCAAAUUUAUGA